AUGACCAAAUCCAAAUCCAAGCCAAAAUCGGCAAAGCCAAAGUCAGCAAAGCCAAAGUCGGCAAAACCGAAGAGCAAGUCGACGAAGAAGAAAAAAUCCAAGUCCGCAAAGUCGGCUAGCAGAAAGAGUCGCGUCAAGAUUUCCACCAGCAAGAUCGGCGCCUCUGCCAAGCAGGGCGUCGGAAGUGCUGGUGGUGGCUCCAGCAAGGGCAAACAGCUGUCCGGUGCCAGCUUUCAGGAGGCCUCCAACGUCAAGGGUCGGCCGAUGCUGUGCAAGCAGAUGGCCAAGGUGGCCGGCACCAAGGGCGCCACUGAACUGAAGUCCUUCAAGGAGAUCAAAGCACACGGCUACGAGGUGCACAUUCUGGGCGCCAAUGUGGGCGACAAUGUGGGCCUGAAGAAGGCGAAAAGCACCAAGGACCCGAAGAAGAAGAUGGUCUGCAAGCUGAUUGAGCUAAAGCACUGCACGCCGCGCUACAAGAUCACCAUGGAGCUGUACAGUCUGAAAAUAAUGCGUUUCAUCGGAAAGAAGCCCAUGAUGGAGUGCUUUCCCAAGGUGUACGACAUCUUUCUAACCGAAAAGACGUACUUCAUCUUCAUGAGCGAGUGCAGCGGCCGAUCGCUGUACGAGCUGGUGGUGGGCAAGCAGGACCUCGCCCCGGGCCGAGUGCGCAAGUGGGUGCGCACGCUGACGGAGGCGGUGAAGGAGCUGCAGAAGUACGGCAUCGCCCACCGCUUCAUCAAGCUGAAGCACCUGAUGCUGGAGGCGAACGACCACCUGAAGCUGGUCGGCUGGAGCAAGUCGGUCUUCUUCUACGACAGCAAGAAGAAGAAGGCACUGUACCAGCACAAGGAGCACCGGGCUCGCAAGAACAACUUCCUCCCGCCGGAGGCCUUUCACCGCCUCUACGACCCCUCCAAGGCAGACGUCUGGGCGGUUGGCGUCAUUCUGAUCUCCCUCACGACGCGCAAGUACCCCUUUCACGUGCGUGCCAAGACCAAGUUCACCACACAGUGGCGUGACUUUGUCAAGGUCCACCCGCUGAAUCCGAUCGUCCGCUCACUGGCCAACAAAGUCUUCGUCCUGGACACAAAGAAGCGCAUCCACGCGCGGGACAUGCUCACCCACGACUACUUCACCGUUGACGAGAAGAAGCUGAUCAACAAGAGCGUCCGCGGGAAACCGCUCGCUAGCACUGCAAGCACCUCUUCUGCCGUCAAGUCGGCCUUUAAGUCGGCCGCCUAUGCCUCGCACUCAAAGUCCACUGCGUCAGGGGUGAAGAGCUCCAAAAUAAAAAGCGGACUCAGCGGCAGCGCCUCCGGCUCUCACCACUCGGUAGUGAAGUCGACCAAGUCAAAGGCCAAGUCGAUGAUGUCCUCCAAGUCGCCCCUCUCCGGUUCUGGCACCUCCAAGUCGGGCUACUCCAGCGGAUCGGUGCUGCCAAGCAGCAAGAAGAGUCGCACCUCGAAGGUCUCCAAGUCGAGCAUCGGCGCCUCUGCCGCCGGUCUCUCCACCGCCAAGGCCUCAAAAACGAUCUCCUCAAAGGCGUCGGGCAAGUCGCUGGCCUCAGCCAGCAAGUCGAGCAAAAAGAAGAGCUCUAAGAGUAAGAGUAAGUCAAAAGAAGGCUCCACAGCUAUGCUGCUUGAGGGCAUCAAGACGGCGUUGCACACCUCGGGAACGUCCAUCAAGUCCAAGUCGGCCAAGCCCAAGUCAACCAAGAGCAGCAAAUCGGUGAAGGACAAGUCUACAGCUUCUGCAAGUGGUGGAAAGUCCACCAAGUCAGUCAAGUCGGGCAAGUCUAAGGCCGCCGCCGCUGGAAAGUCCACCAAAUCGCUGAAAUCAGGCAAAUCAAAGAUGUCUAAGGAAAAGUCGUCAAAGGCCGUGAAAACAGCCGGCAAGUCGAAGGCAAAUGAAGGAAAGUCGACUAAAUCUGCCAAGUCUGCCGCUGGAAAGUCUGCUUCAAAGGCAAAAUCGGCUGAAAAAACCACAAGCAAGACAAAGGAGAAAGAGAAGGAAAAAACGACCAGCAAAGCUAGCGUCACCAAGGAGGGCGGAAAGAGCGCAGAGAAGAGCAGCGCCAAGGAGGAUGGAAAGAAAAAGGAGGAAGGAAGCAAAAAUGAGAAGAGCAAAAAGGGCAGCAAAGUGGACGGGAAAAGUAAAGGCGAUGGUAAGGAGAGCAAAGAAGAGGGCAAGGAAAGCAAGGGAGAAGGCAAGGAGAGCAAAGAAGAAGGCGCCAAGGACAGCAAAGAAGAUGGCGGCAAGGAAAGCAAGGAGGAGGGUAAAGAAGAGGAAGGGGCGGAGAAGGAGGGCAAGGAAGAAGGCGGCAAGGAGGAAGGAAAGGAGGAAGAUGGCAAGGAGGGAAAGAGCAAUCUGGAUGGC